AUAUGUUUGCCUGAAAUUCAAACUACCACAGCUUCUGCAAGCUCUAGAUUCACAUUGGUCACUAUCAGAACCUUGUUUCAAUAGCUAGCAUUACACUUUUUAUGGGUUUUAAUUAAUUUUUCUGGGUUUUCUAGCAUUGGUAUCUGUAUGCAAAAACCAUAGCUGAGAUGGCUGCCUCGAAAUUUGCAGAAGAAAGUGGAAUUGACAUUGUCACAAUACAUCCAGGAUUUGUAAUUGGUCCUUUCUUACAGCCAACUCUAAAUGUCACUGUGGAGGUUAUUCUAAACUACAUAAAUGGAGAAACAUUUCCUAAUGAAAUUUACAGAUUUGUAGAUGUUAGAGAUGUUGCAUCUGCACAUAUUCAAGCUUUUGAACAAGCUUCUGCUAAUGGCAGAUAUUGUUUAGUCGGAAGAGUUGUACAUUUCUCCGAGUUCUUAAAGAUCGUUCAUGAACAAUACCCUGCUCUGCAACUUCCUGAAAAAUGUGAAGAUGAGAAGGCUUUUGCAUUAAAAUAUGAGGUUUCAAAGGAGAAAGCUAAGAGUUUAGGCAUCAACUUCAUUCCGUUGGAGGUGAGUGUUGUGGACACCAUUGAAUGUCUGAAAGACAAGGGCUUUCUUGGUGUCUGAAUCUUAUGUUAUUUUGAAGCAGAAGUAAUGCAGAUAAUGAAAUCUGUUAUGUUCUUUUUGAUUUCCACAAGGAUUUUCUAUGUGCAGGAAGUCCAGUUUGUUAAAAUGUAACCGAUUGGAAAAUGUACGGAUUGUGUUGAAUUUAAUAUACAUAGAAAAAUUUUCUACUUUUAUAAAA